GCGGUGCGGGGGCAAGGGGUAGGCUGCUCGCGGGGCGCCCCGUCCCUGGGGGGCGCUUCGUCGCUCGCGGGACACCGCUCCGUCGCCCGGGGACACCGCUCCGUCGCCCGCCAGAGGAUGCUCGGCCGCCCCUGAGCCGCUGCGCCACGCGUGGGGCGCUCCAGCCGCCCCGCCGCUCGCAGGCGCUCCCACGGCCACCGCGGAGAGCGGGGCGAGGGGCUGCGUCCCCCCCCCGAGGGCCAGCGCGCCGGGGGUGCGGGCGUGGGCAGCCCCCCGGGACGGCGCUGGCGCAGGCAGCCGCGUCUGAGCCGUAACAAAAGUUCUUCAUCCGGCCGCCCGCAGCUCCCGCUGCGCCGCCCCUGCGGCUGGGGGGGGGGCAUGGCCCCGCCGGUCCCCCGGGCGCCGUGGGAAGCGCUGGCUCCUCGGCCGCGCCGGGAGGCGCCGCACACGCCGGCGGCGGGGCAGCACCGCGGCCGCGAUGGGGCUCCGGCUGCCGUUGCGCCGCAGCGCCAGCUUCACCCCCGGGCACCCGGCCCUCGCCGAGCCGCCCGGCCCCGCCGCGCUCCGGGCGGAGGCGAACGUCCUGGUGAUGGGGGCGGACAGCGUGGGGAAAUCGGCUCUGACUGUGCGUUUCCUGACCCGGCGCUUUAUCGGGGAGUACGGAGACAUGGAAUUCAUCUACAGCCACAACCUGACCGUGGAUGGUCGAGAGAUUCUCUUCCACAUCUGGGAUGUCCCUAAUUCCCAGGAACAGGCAGAGGAGGGCUCCUCAGAGGAGAAGCGAAUCCAGUGGGCAGACAGCUUUGUCCUGGUCUACAGCAUCUGUGACCGUGCCAGCUUCAACAUCCUGCCCCCUAAAAUCCAGUUCAUCAAGGCCACCAAGGAGGGGCAGAGCCAGGAGAAGGUGCCCAUCAUCAUUGUGGGCAACAAACGGGACCUGCACCACCGACGGGUGGUGUCCAGUGAGGAGGGUCGGCUCCUGGCCCUCUCUUUAGACUGUGGUUUCUAUGAGGUCUCUGCAGCCGAGGCUUAUCAUGGGGCCCUCAUGGUCUUCCAUGGACUGGCCAAGCGCAUCCCUGACACCAAACUGGCACUGAAAAAGGGUACAGGGAUCCGCGGCAUCGUCAAGACCAUGUCAUCUGUGUUUGCCCGUAAGCGAACGGACUCCCUCUGAGCUACAGUGUGAGUGUUGCUUCUCUCUGUGCUACCCAGCUGGACCCAGCCUCCCCCCGGAUGCCCAUGGAGAUGGUGUGUUUCCAUAAGUAUGAUGGGUUCCUUGCUGUCCUCCUAAUGUCGGAGUCUGGGUGUCCUGCCAUGUGCAGCCAGUGCAGCUGAGGACUGUAGUGCCUUCCUCUUGGCUCUGUGAUGGGGCAGAGUUUCCACUCUGCUGUACCAGCUUUUUAGGUGCCUCCUGCUUUCUCCUUCCAUCUUCUGAUGCUGGAAACUACCAGGUGAUUUUGCCGCAGCUCCAGGCAGCAUCAUCCCCAGCUUCUUCAGCAGGAGCUGCCUGAGCUGUUGGUGAACAGUGAGGACACGCUGCUGCACAGCCACGCGGCUCCCUGUCCCCCUGCCUCUACCCUGGGAUCCUUAUUAAUGCGCAUCAGGGUCUUCCUCUGAUAACCCCUGGAGCCCCCAUGAACUGGCAAGGUGCAGUUUCUCCACUGGGGAGCCACUGGCGGUUCCCAACUGUGCAUCACCAUGUCAGUGUUCCAGAGCCCACAGCACUGGCCGACCCCAGAGGACCUCAGGGAGGGCUGACGCCUCCCAUCCCACCCGUUUUGCUUUUGAACUCUCCUGCUUGUGGUCUUCUCUCCCACAGCCUCCCAGCAACCGCAGCCGUUCCCCUUGUGCAAGCACCGUACAGACUGUGCCUGGGAAAAAACAGACACGUGGCUCAUUCCCAGGACAGGGAUCGCACCGUGCGCCUUCCCAAGCUGCUCCAUCUGUAAGGCUGCCUGUCCCCGGGGAGGAAAGGAGGUGGGGAAGGGGCUGCCGGGCUCGUAGCCGAACUCUGCUGCUGCUGCUGGGAAGUUUUUCCCUGCCUCUCCCCAAACCCUCCCCCUUGUAUGCCUGGGAAAGGGCUUGUGUGUGCAGUACGGACACUGAUUUCUCUGCUGUGUUCUUCUGGAAAUGCAAUAAAUUGUAUUUGGCAGGAGGCCCCCA